GAAUCUAGUAGUACUUUGGUAUCCAGCCAACCAUGUUGCUUGCACUUAUCUAAAAAUGAUACUUUAUCAUGAGAAAUUCUUUUAAAAAAUUUUUUCUUGUUACAAUAAUUUUGUAAAUAAUUUCUUGACUUUUUUUUGUUUAACCCAAAUUAAGUCAUCAGUACCAUUCAUAAUGGCAAGCCGUGCCAAGACAAAGAAGGAGCUGGAUGAUGAGAGAAAGAAAAUGGAGCAGGAAGCUGCUGCUCAGGCCUAUGUGGAGUUCAUGGCCACUUUUGAUGAGUCAUCUGCCCCUAAGGACAAGGUCUGGGUUAAAGCUGGAACCUUCGAUGCUGGGUCAAGGAGGGAAGAUAACAAGGAUAAAGGUAAACUAUACAAGCCAAUGUCAAAGCUUGCAGAACUUGCAGAGAAGUUCUCAUCUGCUGAGAAAGCUUCUCAGUUUAAAGCAAAUUUGGCUGACAGACCAGACAAGCCUGGCAAGAAGAAAGAGAAAGACAAAAAGAAAACCAACUUAGAAUUGUUCAAAGAAGAAUUGAAAAUGAUACAAGAGGAGAGAGCAGAACGUCACAGACUCAAGAAUAUUUACCAGAGAGACUCUGGCAAGUCCUCAAGGUUUGAGGCUCCAGAUGUCAAAAUACCCGGUUUUAUGGGCCUGCCCUCUGAAGAACCAAAUCCUGGGAGCUUUGAUCCCGGUGACCCCUGCACAACCAAUCUUUACCUUGGCAAUCUUAGUCCAAAAAUCACCGAGCAGCGGCUGAUGGAGCUGUUUGGUCGUUAUGGUCCCUUAGCGUCCAUUAAAAUAAUGUGGCCUCGCACUGACAACGAGAAAAGCCGGGGCAGGAACUGCGGUUUUGUUGCCUACAUGAACAGGAAAGAUGGAGAACGAGCUCUCUCUAAUCUUAAUGGCAAAGAUAUUGAUGGUUUUGAAAUGAAGUUGGGCUGGGGCAAGGCCGUGCCAAUUCCAGUACAUCCGAUUUAUGUCCCGCCUGCCCUAAUGGACUUGACGCUGCCCCCGCCACCGUCAGGGCUACCAUUUAACGCUCAACCUGACAAGCGGGACCUCGAACGGGUCCGGGAACUGGGACAGAAGCUUGUAUCCGGCACUGCGGACGAGAUCGCAAAAGCGGGCAACAGUUUGACGCUGCGUGAAGAGGAGAAGAAGACCAUGGAUGAGAUUUUACAAAGAGCAGUUGUGAAAGUGGUUGUCCCCACAGAAAGAGCGUUGCUGCAGCUCAUUCAUCGCACCAUCGAGUUUGUUGUGAGAGAAGGACCGAUGUUCGAGGCUAUGAUCAUGAAUCGGGAAAUCAGCAACCCUUGUUAUAGGUUCCUGUUCGAGAACCAAGGUCCUGCCCACGUAUAUUAUCGCUGGAAGCUCUUCUCCAUACUACAAGGGGACUCGACCAGCCGCUGGAAUAUGAAGCCCUUCAGAAUGUUUGAAGGCGGCUCGAUAUGGAAGCCACCUCCUGUCGAUCCCUUCCUGCAGGGUAUGCCUGAAGAGUUAGUCAAGCAGGAUCAAGAGGAGGAGGAGAAGAACAAGCGAGGCUCUCUCUCCAACGCCCAACGCGGUCGGCUCGAACACAUGAUCCGACACCUGACGCCGGAGCGGGAGAAGGUGGGCGAGGCGAUGGUCUGGUGCAUCGAGCACGCCGAGGCUGCCGAGGAAAUCUGCCAGUGUCUCUGCGAGGCUCUCACCAACAACGCCACUCCUGUCACCAAAAAGAUGGCUCGUUUGUAUCUUGUUUCCGAUAUUCUCCACAACUGCAGCGUAAAAGUCACCAACGCCUCGUUUUAUCGGAAGGGGUUGCAAUGCAAGCUUCAGGAAAUAUUUGAAGGUCUACACAACGCACACAACAUCAUUGAGUCGCGACUGAAGGCGGAGCAGCUGAAGCAGCGCGUGCUGCAGUGCUGCAGAGCCUGGGAAGACUGGGCCGUUUAUCCUCCCGAGUUUCUCAUCAGCCUUCAGAACAUUUUCUUGGGGCUCGUCAAGAGGUCGGCCAACAACGGCAUAGAGCCAGAGGUGAAACCAAGCGAAUCUGUUGAGCGCAUAGCACCUCGAAUCGUGGACGACGUUGACGGGAUUCCAUUGGACGAUGUGGACGGCGUGCCACUAAGCGACAUGGACGGGAGUGUAUUUAAGGACGACUUGGACGGAUCUCCCUACAAGCCCAACAACACUCCACUUCUCAAGAGCAGCGCUGCGAUAUCAGCGCUGCAAGGCUACGACGAUGAUGAUGAGGAUGAUGAUAUUGAUGGAGCUCCUCUUGACGACGACGUCGAUGGUGUUCCAUUGGGCCCGUCACGGUUGGUCACCACAGGCACGGGUCCAGGAUUUGUACCUCCGAAGUGGGAGAGCGUCAGUCCAAAGAGGGUAGAAGCUCAGGCAAUGACGCUGUCGAAGUGGGACACGCUGGAGGCGCAACUCGAGACUGGCCGCGACAGUGGGAGCGACAGCACUCCGGUCUACGACCAGCCUGGCGCCUCCCCCAGAACUCUGGAGUCCAAUGAUCAUCGCAAGAGUGCCGUGGAGGACUUAGAUGGUAUCCCAAUCAUGUACGAAGAUUACAAGCGUAAAAAGCGGCACACAUCGUCGGACGAGGAAGAUGGAAGACCAAUGCAAGACGAUGGUACUAAAGAUAACAACUCGGAGUACUCCGAAGACUCCCGCGGCUAUGACAGACUACAGAGCGGCGAAGCAAGUGAGGAACGCCGAGCUCGGCUACGGGAGGUGGAGGUGCGAGUGUUGCAGUACCAGGAUGAACUUGAGCGAGGAGCGCGACCUCUGAAGCCUGGGUACACUCUGGCCAAACAAGUGCAGCACUACAGACAUAAACUCCUCAGGAAGAUAGAGAAGGAAGAAGCGUCUUCACUUUCUGCAGCAGUCGCAGCAGUGGGCUCAGCUGCAGCGAGCAGCGGCGGCAGCGGCAGCGAGCGUCGCCACCACAAGCGUCGCAGCUCAACGCCUCCACAGGACGACCGCUCCUCGGUCCGCAACAAGCGGUCGCGGUCCCCUCAUAAAUCCCGACAUCGGACCCGGUCUCCCUCCUCCCGCCGGGACCGUCACAGAUCCCGGUCGCCGCGCAAGCGUCGGUCUCAUUCGCGUUCUCCCUCGCGUAAACACAAGAAGAAGAGGCACUGAUGCCCUGUAUAAGUAACUACGUCGUCAUCGUUAGCUUACGUGAUAAUUUAGUGCGUCUCGAUAACCAUCGUAUCGAAGUCCCGCUACGUAACGUAUAGUCACACUCUUAAAAAAAAUUAAUUUACGAGUAGUUGAUGUAUUUUCGCAUCAGUUCCAUUUACUGAAAAACUUUUGGAGUCACAAAUUCAAGGUGGUACAUGUCAUAUAUGCAUUAUCUUGAAAACGCUACUAAAUUUGUAGAUUGGUAAUAGAUAUCGAAUUUUUUCUAACAAUUGAAGCUAAUAGCGCGUUAUCGUAGUCGAUGGGAGCCGAUGCUCUAAAUCUGUAUCAUAGAGCGCCAUUUUAUAAAAAAAAUAGUGAAGUACGCGUUCAUUUUUUUUUACUUUGAUUUGACAUUUGAAAAAAUGUUCGUGCAUUAAUUUAAUUAGACUUCAAAACUAGGAGCUAGUCCAUAGUUUGGAACGCAUUAAAAUAUCCUCACCUCUCGUAAAUUUAAUCUAUAAUAUUUCAAUUUGAAAGAACAAUUCUGUACAGUGUUGUUGAUGUAACAUUUGGGAGAAAACUAAAGAAAAGCGACAGAAUA